AUGAGCAAAUUUGCGAGCGGAGAAUGUCAAUGGACCAACAAGAAAGAGCGUAUGCUCAUCGAUAUGGCGAGUGAGAAGAAGAACAAUUGGAAAGAGAUUGGAAAAGCCAUUGGCGCUCAUCCCAAGGCUUGUAGAGAUAGGUACGUCUAUCUCUUAAACCCUACAAUCAACCGUACUCCUCUCGGGGAAUUGGAAAAGCAGCUCAUUUUGGAAUAUCAGUCGGUACACGGGAACAAGUGGGCCUACAUCGCUUCUCUCCUAAACAACCGCAGAACUGAUCGACAAGUCCGUAACUUCUGGUAUUCCGAGAAGCGGAAGCGUGUCCAUAAAAACCACGAGCGUCCAGUACGGCCAAAGCGGCAACAAGAAUCAUAUGAUCCAAUGGCUAUUAAAAAUCUCCUUAAUCCCAACCCUAACCCGUAA